UUUCUACAAAACUUUCACUUUCACACUUUCACAUCGUUUACUUCUGCCAUUCUCUAAGUUUCGUUAAAACAGUUUUUACUAAUUCUUCAGUUGUCUCACUUCUUCAGUCCAACUAUAUUUUUCGAAUCCGUUCACAGUAUCCAAUAUUGCAAUCGGGUUUCGUUUCUGGGAAGAGACACUCACUGUGUUGUUAGAAAAUAUUUGUUGAUCGGACACAUUCAACUGCAUUGAACAUUUUUAUAUAUAAUAUAUCAUUUAUAGAAAUUUACAUUUUCAUUUUGGCAAAAUAUACCAGAAAAAAAGUCGACAACAAGGAAAGAAAACUAUUUUGUUUAGUUUUAUAAAUUUGCUUUAAAGGAUAAAAAAAAGAGAGAGACAGAAAAUGGCUGAAGAAAUCGAGGAAAUUAUUGAAAAAUUGGAUGGAAUUCUACUUGAUGACGAAAGCAGAAGAGAAUUGUACAGAGAAAAAAUUCAGAGAUUUCCGAAUUUAAUGGGAGAAUAUUUUCACUACACCAAAGAUCAUUGGUUGUCUCUUUACAAAAAACUGGAAAAUUCAUUAAGUAACGAUACUGUGUCUGGUUUAGAAGAUGAGAUUCGCCACAAGAAUACCUUGGUGUUUAUUCAGUGGGAGCUAAAUAAGAAUAUUGAAGCUGAAAGAUUAGCCAAUGAAGUUCAAGAAACUAAUCCAGACAACCUCUUGGCAUUAACCAAUCUUGCAUUCAUUCAUCUGUACAAUGAAAAUAUGAAUAAGUUAAAAGAGGUUAUGGUUUAUCUUAACAAUCUUGAAAAAAGAGAAGAUUUCCAACAGAUAGAAGCAGAAGGUAAAAUGAAUGUUGCUUAUUGUUUAAGUCGAAUAUCAUUCAAUGAUUAUGAGAGGGCUAUCAAACUUUACAAAGAGGCUUCCAAUUUUUGUCCGGGCAAUUAUUCAUGUCUAUUUGGUGUAGCUUUGUUACAGUAUCGUUGUUUAAGAAAGAUCUCUGAUGAAGAUAAAAAAAACACAAUUAGUACAGAGGCAGUACAGUACUUAGAGAAAAUACGAUGUGCUUUUCCUCGCUGUAUUGACAAGAUCCUAAUGGGGAAAACGUUAGCAUUAUUAGCUUUGUUUAAAGUGAGACCUUCAAGGAAAUGUAAUAGUCAUAAGAAUCAGGAAUUCAGUGAAAAAUAUGUUCAAAGAGCUCUUCAUUUUGCCCCUGAUGACCGUUUUGUUUUGGAAAAGUGUGCUAACUUUUAUAAGACUUUAUAUAAGUUUGAUAAAGCAAAAGAAUUGUUUGUAAAAGCAAUCGAAAUAAAUGCAACAGCAUUUUCUCAUCAUCAUCUUGGAUUAACUUAUCAAAAAAUACAUAUUCCAGAAUUCACAUGUUUCACUGCAAAGAAGGAGUUUUCUGUGGAAGAAAAUACACUUGGAAAACUUAUUAAAUAUCCUAGAACUAUUCCUGAAUUGGAAAGGAAUGAAUUCAUUGGCAAAAUAGAAUAUCACUUUAAAGAAGCUCUUAAACUUUCUCCAGAAAAUGGAGCUGUUCUCUACGAUUUGAUUUUGUUAUAUUUGGCUUUGAAAGAAUACGAAAAUGCCCAGGAGUGUUGUGAACAAUUUAAAACAAAUAUUAAAAUACAAGACAUUAGUUUUAACAUUUUGUAUGGAAGAUUAUAUUUCAUACUAGCAGAAGAAGAAAAUGAUGAAGAGUUGAAACGAGAAUUUAGAGACGAUGGAACAGAUAGGUUCUUCCUUGCUAUUAAAUCUGCUAUAGAAUUUCUUCCUUUCCAGAAGAAGCUGAAAGACAUUUGGGGAAUAAAGGAUAUUAUGACUGAUGUGUAUAAGCAUGGGUAUAUUGAGUAUAAUGAAAAACUGUUGGAAUUAAUUGAGUCAGUAGAGGAACUCCGUGAUGAUGAAGAACUUUAUAAUAAACUUCUCGUGGAUUGUGAUAAAAGUGAAUUAUCACGAAAGUUACGAAAACUUUGUAAAAAUAAGCAAUAUUUUAAAGCUUUUCUUUGUCUUAGGUUUUCAGAAGUUAAGCCCCAUGAAGUUGAUGUAAAGCUAAUGAAACAAAUUUAUGUAAAUUUAGGAAAGCAUUUCACAGAAACAGAACCUGACUGUAGCAAAGAGUUCUUCAGAAAAUGUUAUGAGCUUUGUUUUGGAUUUGGCUCUGAAACCAAUGCUAAAACGGGGUUAGCAUGUUCAAAGAAUGACAUCGUAACUAACUUUCAUUAUGAUAUCUAUAUUUUAACAUCCCCAAACUCUGAAGAACUGGCUGAAAACAUUGGAAUGAAUCUAGACAAAUACUUUGGGUUAAAAGUUACAUUUGGUAAUCGUGACUAUAUAUUGGGAAAAUAUAAAACUGUAAACCUUCGUACCAUAUUAGAAAACAGUUGCAAUAUUGGAAUUUAUUUAGAACAUUCAAAGACUAUAUCACCAGAGUUUUUAACCCACACUGAAUAUGCCAAACAAAUCAUGGAAGAUCGACAACCUAACAUUGGUCAAAUUUUUAUGAUCAGUAACCAUGAAGAUAUAGAAAUUCCAAAACAUUUAGAAAGUUUUCCUCAGUUGAAAUGCCAAAGUGGACACAGAGAUGACAUUGUGAAUAUUUUUAAUUUUCUUUGCAGUCUAUCUUAGUUUGUUUUUUCAUAAUUGUGAAGAACAUUUUCCUGUGUCUGCUGUAUUUUGGCAGUGUCCCACCUGAUAGUUACUGCUGUUAUUGUGGUGGUUUCUGUGUCUCUGAUGAAGUUGAACAUCAGUGACAUGUCUUGAUAAUGUUAAUACAGCUAAAUUUCAAAAGAAUAAAGAACUGAAUGGCAUAUCUGACUCUUCUAAUAUCUUCACCAUUUUCCUGGUACACAACUAAGCCAACAAAGACUUUCAAUAGCAUGGCCUUACGUGGACGUAGAAGAAAUCGAUGGAAUAACUGUUUCAGACAAAAUACAUAUAAACUCAGCACCGGACCCUGAUUGCUUCCCAACAAUUCUCCUAAAAAUAUGUAAAAAUCCUCUAACCAAAGUCCUUUAGUUUCUUUCCAAAAUCUUCUGGAGAACAUUAAAAUUCCCAUUAGCAAUAAAAAAGCUGUUGUAUAUUCUUGCCAUAAAUGAGGAUGCAGGACAAACACAAAACAUUAUAGACAUGCAUCUUUGACUUCAUCUACCAGUUAAAUCACAGAAUUCAGCAUCAAACACAAAUUGAUUCUGUUCCAAGAGUAAAAUAACUUGUGUGAAACCCAAUAUAGAUUCUGUCCAAGAACAAAUACUGCCACAUUAGAAUUGGAUGUGAAAACAGCUACUUUACCAAUCAAAAGUAGAAGGGAUGUAUUUGGACUUGACAAAGAUGGCCACACAACAAUAUUCCAUGAAAUUUGUGACCACCAUAUUGUCAGAAACAUGGUGAAUGGUUUUUUUUAAUUUCCUCACUGACAGAAAUCUUGUUUCUACUACCGAUGCACCCUUACCUCAGUACCUUUCCAAUAUUUACAUACCUGCAUGCAAUGAACGGUUAACCAUUCUGCAGGUUUCCAUAGAGGGGACUAGUUUUUGUUCUGGGGACAUCGUUUGAAACUUCUAUAUCAGACUUAUCCCCAGUUGUCCUCAUGAGUUACAGCAAGGGUGCUACGAUUGUGAAAGUAGUAAAAACCUCAAAGUUAUUAAAGACACCAAAAGAACUUAAAUGCCAAAAGAAAUUGCUGUACCAGAGUGAAAAAAUAGUGUUGGCCUUGGGAGUUGUAAAUGGAUUAAAAAAGACAUCCAGGUGUAAAUUACAAAUGUGAUAAAUUUGUAAAAAAUUAAGGGCGUAGAGCCAAUGAAUAUUCCAAAGAACAGAAGAGAUCAGGCUUAACCGUUGGAAGACAUUUGUUUGCAAUUGCCUAGAUUAUAUUCCCCAACGAUGAUGUCCUCAUAAUACUGUCAAAUUCACAACAAAACUGAGACUAUUUCAAAGGAAAUACUCGAAAAUCCAUUCUCCAGAUAAAGUGCUGGCAGAGGUUGAAAGUAUAUUCCUUGAAAUGAAGAAAAUUGUAGAUAUGCAAUCGUUUAUACUAAAAAUCCUGAAAUGCAGCAUAAAUGUCUAUACAGUGCAUGAUUGCAGAAUUCUAAAUGUAGCAACCGAAUAAAAAGCUGAGUGUAGAAAUAAUUUAAAGAA